AUGACGGUAACUGGUGCUGAAAGUUCCGAUCCAAACCCAUCCGGCAAAGAAGUGGCUCAAAAUCUUAUGCAAUGUAAAAAUUCAUGCGAUGUAAGUAAUUUUAAACAUGCUCAAGAAAAGCGGAAGGCGGACGAGGCAUUCGACUAUGAGUAUGAAUAUGUAUAUGGUAUUGUCACGACAGGUGGAAGACCGUUUCGGGAUAUCGCAGCAAUUUCAACAGAAAAUAAAACAGAAAAUAAAACAACUAAAAAUAACUUUAAUCGCGAAGAAUUUUUAAGAAGAAAAGAAGGAGUGUUAGAGGAAGAAAUAAGUGAUAUAAAAAAGAAAAUAAAAUUGAUAGGAGAAUUUUUGCUUC